GUGACCUCCCUCUAGGAGAUCAGCUGCCUCAAUGAUGACAGUUUGCUAGGGGCAAAAGAGAACCUUAGCUUAACAUUAUCCCAACCUUGAGGAUCCUGUAAGUCUACUUCCUUUAUCUCAGCUGCCCCAGGAUAUAUGCUAGCAAUCAUACUCUAAGCUUAUGCCCCCCCUCCCCCCAUAUACAUCUAAAGGGUUUCAUGACUGAGGUUUUAUUAAAUGGUAAAAAAUGGUGUUUCCCUAGCAACAGUUAGCCCCUUAAGGUCCUGGAAACCUUGCUUCCAAAAUUCCUUAGAGACUUAACUCUAUCCCUGACCCCCUCCCAACCUGAGGUUUAUAAUGAGUUACCCAUCAUGACCCCACUGAAGCUCUUCCUGCCCACAGGUCCUGUCCCCCUGCUUUAAUAAAAUCACUUUUUUGCACCAAAGACAUCUUCAAGAAUUCUUUCUUGGCCAUCAGCUCUUUACCCCAUGAACCCCAUCACUCCAGAACUUCAUCAGGUAAAGGCAUUAAAUACUUUUAGUUUAGGUUAAUUAAUUAGUUUUGAGACAGAAGAAUGAAACAUUUAGUCUCUCCUUAGGUUUAGUAUUUUAAUAUCUAAAGAAAUAGAAUAUAUGGUAAUAGUUAACUUAAUUUAUUUUUAUUGAGCUCAGCCUUUUCUUUUUAAUUAUUUGCUAAUGUUAGUUUUAACAUUAUGCAGAUCAAGAGAGAUCAUUGUUUCUAGACUUCCAUACUUGAUUACCUAAAGACAAAGCUGUUAGCUAGUGGGAUCAAUGAAAAGUUUUCAGGUCCUUUAAGAAUUGAAUAAGAUUUAUUGAAACAGUCCUAGUCAGCUGCAAGAACAAUAUGAGUUAACAAGAACUGAAUAGAUAGUUCUCUUUUAAAUGGUCCCCAAUAAGCCACCCUGACCAAUUGCAUGGAACUUUGUUCAGCCUACCCACAACACAUAGACUUGUUGACAGCAUUGAAGUAAAACAGAAAAAUGAAUCUAUAAGAGCAAUAAAGCAGCAUUACAUUUUGAAUUUAAUUUAAUUUAGAUUUAAGUAGGGACUUAAAACUGACCUGAACCAUGACCAAAAACUAGACAAAACAAUACUAAUUUGUAGAUCUUCUUUCCCUCACCAAAAGGAAAAUAAAAAGCUAUCUGAGUAGUGGUUCAAACUGCAACCUACCUAGAUUUAUAUUUUCUUAGAUUACUCAUUGGAAAAACACCAUAAAAACAAGAAAAAUCUAAAUGAUUUGUCAGCCAACCUCAAUAUGUUAUUUAAUUGGAAAAAAAAAGUAUAACUUCCCAGAGAAAAGAGUGGAUGCAGUUUGUCCUCUAUUUCAUGGUAGUGUAAUAAAUUUAAAAAGUAUUUUAAUUGCUACCAAUAUUUAAUAAUUACUUUAAAAACAGUAAGUGCUUACAUAUAUUGAGUAAUUUCAGUUAAGAUGAAAUGUAUUUAAGGGAUAGUGGUGUAAUUAUUAAUUGAUAAAGUAUUAUAAUUCACUAUGUAUGUUUCUCUUUUAAUCAGAAAUAAUAAGUGUAUAUUUAAAUAUCAUUUAUGUAUAUUCUUUUUCUAUAAGUGGAAUGACAUUUAUAGAUAUAGGAAUCUUUAAUUUACAAUGACUGAGACUACAUCAAAUUAAUGAUUAGUGACAGUAGAGUAAAUAUGUAAUGUUUUACAUUGUGUAUGUUGGACUAUACCUCUUAUUCAGAAAAUAGUGGUGUAUCUCUUUUAAAGUCAAUAACGGUAAUCAUAAACAAGAUAAUUCCAUCAGCACAAGUCAGUCUUACUCUGCAUAUAUUAAUUUAGCACAGUAUUGCACUUAAUAAAUUAUCAUUAAUCAUAAAUACAUUUUCACAUGUGCAUAUUUAAGUUUUUUAAUGUUUGCUUCUUGGUUUUUCUGUAGGGCUAAGGUAUAAGACACUCAUUUCAAAUCUAAGAAGCUGCAUAAUCAGUCUUUUGAAGCCCACUGCAAUCAAUAUCUAUGCAAAUGGGGUAGUUAUGGAAUUUACACUGCUUUGUCAAUCAAUCACUAGUCAAGUCCCCCCCUACACUCGAUAUACUCAUAGAUUUUUUUCUUUUUUAAGGAGAAAACUUUUUUCUUUUUAAAGAAAGAGACUUCCUUUUAUUUGUUAUAUAAACAAGUGCUACAGCUUUCCUGCCUCUACCUCUUCAUACUUACCUGCCAGCACAGUGAGUCAGCCCAUGCUGCCAGUCUCUUUCUAUGUGGUGGUGGUCAGGCUCCAGGCUUCCUGAGCGCCACCUGUGGCCUCCUAUGGCCCUGUCUUUGAGUCUGAGUUCUUGAAAGAAGGAAUGGACCUUUGGGACUCAGCUGGUUGGACCAGCCUCCCUAGAGUAUUGAUCAUUUGCUGCUUGUCCACUGGCAGAGAAGUCUUCAGUGGAUCACUGAAGGGCUCUUUCUUUCACCUUGAUUAUGUCAAGUUCUUGCCAAGGACUUGGUGGGGACAUAGAAACCUUGCUAACUAAAUAAGCAGAAGAUGGAAACUGAGAAGGAUAGUUAAUUAGGUGGAAUUUCAAAAUUGGGGUUCAAGGUUUAUUUGCAUUGCAUGGAGUAAUGGACUGUAAGAAGAAAUGUAAUAAGGAGAAAUCUGAAGUUUUACACUUAGAUUAAAGAGAAAAAACAAAUUACUAAACAUAUACAAAGUAGGGAAAGCCUGGUUAAUAGUACUUGCAGUGAAAAACAAAACAAAGUAAAAACUAGAUCUUUUUUUGGCUACCUAUAACCACGGUAUGAAUCUUUAGUCUUGAGGACUGCUGAAGAAGCUAAUGCAUCUUAAGUCUUAUAAAGACAACAAAGGAAGUUAAUAAUCCAUCUGUUUUCUGUUGGUCAGCUCACAUCUGGUGGAUGCAUUGAGUUCUGUUCUGAAACUUUUAAGAAUAAGUCUGAAAAACUUGAACCUUUAUAGAAGAGGGUAACUUAGAUGAUGAGGAAGCUGAAAGUGUUAAAAGUUUAAAGUAGGUGGGGCGCCUGGGUGGCGCAGUCAGUUAAGCGUCCGACUUCAGCCAGGUCACGAUCUCGCGGUCCGUGAGUUCGAGCCCCGCGUCAGGCUCUGGGCUGACGGCUCAGAGCCUGGAGCCUGUUUCCGAUUCUGUGUCUCCCUCUCUCUCUGCCCCUCCCCCGUUCAUGCUCUGUCUCUCUCUGUCCCAAAAAUAAAUAAACGUUGAAAAAAAAAAUUUAAAGUAGGGAGAAUGUAGGUAGAAUGUGAUGUUGCUCUUCAAAUACUGAAAACAUAUCUGCAGACUCAGUACGUGAGUAGGAAUUAAGUUCCUAACUAAGUUCUGGGUUAUGAGUAUACACACACAGGGUUAUUCCCUUGUGUAAGUGAAGUCUGGGGAUGGAUAGUCCAGGGCUAGAGCAACCCUUCCACAAAGUCAUUGAGGACUAUGACUCUAAUAUCUUGACUGAAUGAUUAUUUCCAUCUUCAGGAUCACCUCUUGGUAAAUCACGGGAACUCCUGCAGUCACAUCCCUAUUCCAGACAGCAAGAAGAUGAUGAGUAUGGUGUGGGGGAAAGCCACACCUUCUUUCUUUUAAGAAACCCUCUCAGAAUUUGCACUGACAUUUUUUUGGCAACUUAGUCUUAUGGCCACACCUGGCUGCCAUGGAGGCAGAAUAAAAGCAGUAGGUAGCAAUAGGAGGCUUAAAAAGGACAAAUUUUACUAAAUAUAGAGAAGAAUUUCCUAAUAGUUUUGUGUGCCCCAAAUUGAAUGGGCUUUUUUAGAGAUACCAAUGUAACUGUUGUUGAACAUUCAAAAACAAACUAGAAAAUUGCCUAUCAGGGAUGUUUUAGGGAGAGACAUGAUAGGUACAGUUCCUUCUGAUACGAUGUGCCAGGAUUAUUUCAAUAUAUGUGUGCACAGGCCAUACUGAGUUUUAGUUUAACUUUUCUUAUGAGAGAUUUUGAUAAAAUUAGAUUUUUACUUACUACAUCUCAAUAAUAACAAAUAAUCCUUAAAGUAAAUACUACACAAGUCUUGUUUUCAUGUUUUUCAGAAGCCAGCAUUUUCUUUUAAUGGAAAGCACUAGUGAAAUAGUAUUCUGUGGACACAUAAUGACCCCACACACUUAGCAAUCUUUCUGAUGCUUGAAGUUUUAUGCCUUAUGAAUUUUCUUACUGAUUUGUUUGCUAUAGGAAGUAUUGAUCAAUUGAUUAAAGCAGAUUUCAUUCAAUAUAGCUAUAGGACAGAUACAUUUGUAUCACAAGAUACAAGAUAUAAGAUUUGUAACACAUGAAAUGUAUAGUAUCUUUCAUUUUGUGGUGGAUUUUUAUUUUCCUUUGGUAUUUGAAUUGUGUGAAUUUCUUUAGAAAAUAUUAAGAUAUUUUAUGUGGUAGGUGUUUUGGAUUUGUAUUCACAAUUGUAUAAUUAAGAGAUCUAACAUAUUAAAGUUAUGAGUUUUGUAAUUUUAAAUGAUACUACCCUGUCUGCACCAUAAGUCUGUGGGAGGUAGACUGAAAACACUCUACUAGUAUGUCUAGGCCCGUGCUCAUUCUCGCUGACACAGAUAAGAUUGAGAAGUUAGACACAAUAGUUAUUGGAUGCCUACUCCAUUAGAAACAGAAGGAGAAAAUCUAUUGCUUGCCAGAUUAGAAAAAUGUCAUAUAAAAAAGAAACUCUGGCUCUAGUAUCCUCUUGUGUCCCCAUAUGUGUGUAUCUAAUCUCAGCUGGUCCACCUGAGAAUACCCCCUGCACCCCGAGUGCAAACAUCCCCUGCACGCGGUCCCAUUUCUGUUCCAACAAGAUGAAAGAAGCUGUCAUGAAGUAGAAGAAACUCCCUGAACUGCAAGCACAAGUGUGCAUUGGUGGGAAGGGAACUGUUCACGCAAAGAAGAAGGUGGCUCCUAGAACAGCUACAGCAGAUGAUAAAAAAAAAAAAAAAUCCAGUUCUCCUUAAAGAAGUUGGGGGUAAACAAUAUCUCUGGUAUUGAAGAAGUGAAUAUGUUCACAAACCAAGGAACAGGGGUCCACUUUAAGAACCCUAAAGUUCAGGCAUCCCUGGCAGCGAAAACUUUCACCAUUACAGGUCACGCUGAGGCAAAGCAGCUGACAGAAAUGCUACCCAGUUUCUUGAACCAACUUGGUGCAGACGGUCUGACUAGUUUAAGACUGGCUGAAGCUCUGCCCACACAGUGUGUGGAUGGAAAGGUACCGCUUGCUACCGGAGAGGAGGGCGAUGAUGACGUUCCAGAUCUUGUGGAAAACUUGGAUGAAGCUUCAAAGAACGAAGCAAAUGAAUAGAGGCACCUUCUGAAGAAGAUAAAACUUGAAGGAGUUACUGGGAGCUAUUUUAUAUUAUGACUGCUUUUUAAAACUAUUGUUCAUGGAUCUGAUAAAAUCUAGAUCUCUAAUAUUUUUAAGCCCAAGUCUCUUGGACACUGCAGCUCUUUUCGAUUUUGGUUAUACACAAUUCAUUCUUUGCAGCUAAUUAAGCUGAAGAAGCCUGAGAAUAAAGUUUGAAACAAGGUUAGUAAAGUUCUCUGCCUAGCAGAAAAAAAAAAAAAAAAAAAAAAAGAAAGAAAGAAAAAAGAAAAGAAAAGAAAAGAAAAGAAAACAAGAAAGAAACUUUGUUUCCAAGAUUCCAAACAGGGAAAUCAAAUGUUGUUAACAGUACUCUGGUAGACAUUGUUAGAUUGUGGUCUUUUAGAGACUUAAAUGGAUUUUCCAGAAUAUAAACACACUGCCCACACUUGGCCUAUCUAUACAUAUUUUCAAGGCAUAGUUUUGAUUAUUUAUAUCUGUGUCUGUAUCUGUACCUAUUCAUUUUAGUUAUAGUGAAUAAUUUUGGAAAGCAUUUUGCUUCAACCUAGCGUUCAUAUGGUUCAAGGCAUAGAAGGACAGGGUUGCGGGGAGCUCUUAGGGAGACAGUCCUCCACAGUGCCUAACUGAUGCCCUUUCAUGAUAUGUGUUAGAUGGUGUACAGCUCAGCUCUGCUUCAGGAAAGCAACUAUUGGAUCCCAGCUGUUUGGUCCUCCUGUUUCUUGGCUUCUAGGCCUUAUCUCAUGCUCAAUUUGAAAACUUUUCAUUUGAGGGAUCCUAAUUUGAUCCCCAGAUGAAAUCCUUAACUCAUAUGAUAGGCGCUGUGUUGAACUGACUUGCGCCAUGCCUUCUAAAGAUCAUGACUUGUUUUGCAGGGAGAAAGAUUAAAUUAAAAUGGAGGAGUUGAUUACUUUUGCCACUUUCCUUGUUUCUUCCCAACUCCUCCCAAAGAAAAAAGGACGGAGCUUUUCCACCACUUGUUUUUUCUAAAAGCUUGCACAAAUAACUAACUCAUCAGGCCUCAAGUUCUUUAUCUGUAGACAAGGAUAAUAAUAUCUGUUAUGUAAGGAUUAUGACAAUUAAAUUUAGUAAACAUCUUCUGAGCUCUUUCUGUAUCCUUGGUCUAGUAAAUGGUAACAUAAUUUCUUUGUAAACCUUUUAGCACAGUAUCUGGUACAUGGAGAUCAACAAGUAUGAUUCCCUUUGCAUUCUAAAAUGAGGUCCUAAUAUAACAGGGACCCCAUUGAGUCCAUAGUCCCAGCCCUGAUUCCAUGAACCUCUCAGUUUAUCUAUCGCAUGCUGUGUUUAGGGGAUUGGGAUUGAGUCUUACAUAAAUGUGCCUGCCCCUUUCUUUUUCUUUUUCUACCACAUAUCUGUGGCUUGUUAAUAGGUCCAUUCCUCAGCUUGUCUCUCUUGUCCUGCUUCCCUCCUAAAAGAUUCAUCUUUCUUUUAGACAUCCAUACUAAACUACAGUGCAUGUAUGUAUGCCUGGGGUGGACUUCAAUGACUCCCCAAUUGCUUCUGCCUACAGGUUUUAGUUUGUUUUGUUUAAAGCUCAAUGAGUGUUCAUCACAAAGUGAUGAUACCUAUGUAUCCAAUACCCAGAUAAAGAAACAGAACACAGGACCCCCCUCUUGACACUUUCAGUCACUACUUGCUGUCUAAUCGUUACACUAAUCUGACUUCUACACUAGACUCAUUUUGCCUCUUUUGUUUGUUUGUUUGUUUGUUUGUUUGUUCUUCUAAGGAUUUUAUUUUUACAUAGUCUCUACACCCAACAUGGGACCUAAACUUACAACUCUGAGGUCAUGAGUCUCAUGCUUCACUGACUGAGACAGCCUGGUGCCCUUGUCUCUUUUUUCUUAACAUUAUAUAAAUAUAUCACAUAGUGCAUAUUGUAUCUGUCUUAUUUUGUUCAACAACAUGUUUUUAGAUAAUACUAAAAUAUUUUCUAUUGGUUUUGGAUCUAACUUUGUACAUUAACAAAAUAUCAAUAUAAAAAAUUAAAUAAAAGUAACCUGUUUUGCUGUAUAAUAUUCAGGAAACUGAUUUAACAUUUGAUUUUGCAGUCAAACUAAAUAGUGAUGUAAAUUGACCAGUUACUCUACUAGUUUUGGCUGCCAUAUUGAGAUUAGCUAAAGGCAAUAGAAUAGAGUUACAAUUUAAAACUAAUAGUUUUUGGGAUGCCUGGGUGGCUCAGUUGGUAGAGCAUCCAACUCUUUGAUCCCAGGGUUGUGAGUUCAAGCCCCACAACCUUGUGGCUUGGAGCCUACUUAAAAAAAAAAAACAACAACUGAUUUUUUUUCUUAAACACCAUUAUUUUCUUAAAUUCACUUUUAAGCAAGAGUCUAAGGAAGUAUACUUUUAGAGGCCUGCUGGUCUUAAACGGGAGAUAGAACUUAAGUUUUAUCACUGAAGUUCAAUGUGAAAUUAUAGUGAAUCAUCAUUAAUAAAAUCUUUUGUUAUUAUUUUCCAUAGGAAAAACAUUUAGGAUAUAAAGUUAUAUUUGUUUAUAUGUAUUUUUAUUUCAAAAUAUGUAGUAUUUAUUGAUGUAGGUGUUAUGAAAUAAAUGUGACAUAACAUGAGUUGAUUGUUAUCAGUUUAUACUGCAUCCAUGGAGUCUAGAAGGGACUGAAUUAUUAUGAUGAACACCUUAUAAUAUCAGUGUUUGAUGUCACACACUUGCACAUAAUGACAUCAACACAGCUGGAGCCUGAUAAAUGGCCUUCGUUGACAUUUUCUCUGCAGAAAAUGUCAGUAAUUUCGUUCAGGAAUGAAAUUUUCUCUACAGAAAUGUUCACAAGUUGUUCAGUAGUUUACUGCACUGCUAUUGGCUAAUAGGGUAAAUGGAUUACCAUAAAGAAUGAAAGAAGCGUAACGUUUAUUGGAUAUUACUGUUUCCAGUUUACAACAAACCACAUCAUGUUUCCUCUGUUCAUUCAACAUUGAAUAUAUAUUAUGUUAAAUGAAAAUGAAUCACAUAUUCUGAAUAUUUUUCUUCUACACUUCAGAAUGCUUUUUAAGAUAUUGUCUAACUGCCAGCUAAUUUACAGCUCUGAAACCUUGUUGUAUCAUUUCUGAAUAGAGCAUUCAAUAAUUUAAAGUGAAAUAAAUCACCGUAUGAUGAAUUGCUGAUAAAUCUUUUGGGUUGUAAGGGUUUCUUUGCUAUAGCCUUAUAUGUAAUUGUACAUUUUAGCAGGGAUGCCCUCUGAACAUUAGAGGACAUAUUCAUGAGCUGAAUUUCCAAAAACAAAUCUAAUGAUUUGACAGCCCUGCUCAAAAGACAGCAGCUCAGCAUUUUAGAACUUGCCAUGCACUGGAUGACAGAGUCACAGUGAGCCUGGGAAUAUCCUCUGUGCUCUGACCUUCUGCUUCUUCCUCUAGGCCUGGCUGCUGUUGUCCUGAGGCACUAACAGGAUGGUACCCACUCACCAACCAGUCUCUUAUCUCUGCAAUCCCAGUGAGGGUGGGGGUAAAUGUUGUGUAUCCCUGCACAAGAAUGCUGUCAGUAGUACACUGUCAUGGCUAAAACCCUUGUUCUUGUUCACAUGGAGAUUUCUUAAGGAAAAAUAAUUUCCAAGCUCUGUGGAAUAGCUUAAAAAUACUAUUUUGACAUUCUCAUAGCUGAUUUCAACAAAAUGCUUACUGCCUAAAUGUUAUGAAUGGAAUAAAUAUUUUCAUAAAUUCAUUGAAAGUAAGUAUAAGCAGAUCAAAAUAUAUUGACUAUUUUUUUCUAUUGGGCUUCUUCUGACUAGACUUUUAGUAUUGCUGCUUUUAAUAUUAACUUCAUUUCACUUUUAUGGAUAAUCAAGAAUGUGCAUGAAACCUUAAUUUCCAACACAGAAGGAUAAUUGCUCAGUGAUCAUUUACUUUCUUUAAAACAUAACUGAAUAUAAACUAGGAUAGAAACUAAGAAAAAGAGCUAUUUUUAAACAUGGAUGGCGUUGAAAUGGUGUGUGAGAUCAAAUGGCAUAUGAAAAAUGCACUCACCUUUUUUUUUUUUUUCUGCCUUAUACCUGUAACUUAAAGUGGAUCUAGGAUCUAGUUCAUUUGUUUAGUCACAGAAUCACAAGUAGUAUCUUUCUGGUCACUAGUAGUCUAACCCUUACUUGAAAGGUUGGGAAAUGGAGCCUACCAUGUUAAGUGGCUUGCUUUGUAACAGAGGUAGCUCCAGCAUCGAUGCGACUCAAUUACAUAAAUCCACUGCUGUGUCCCUCACCUAUGGUUUACUAUUAUCCUUUGUUCAACGACAAGGGUGAGGUCUCAUUUAACAUGUUUUAGAUUAAAGAGAUUUUAUAGUAACCUUAAGCACAGGAAACACGAAUUUAUUAGAAAAGACACUAGCCUUUAGCAGAGAUGUUUCUGCUAGUUUCAGGUUAAUCUUUCUGGGACACCAGUUCUAAAUCAUUUUUUAAAACCGUUGACCGCCAUAAGCCGUAUCAUAGCUCUUAUGCCACGUAUAUGCCAAAACAAC